GACCCAGUUUCAGACAGUAUGUAAAUCGGAUGAGGUUACGGCUUUCCGAGGCCACAGUCAAGCUGACAUCAUUGUUUAACCCGGUAUCUGGCUCCUGCAUGUUCUAGAAGCAACCAGACAGGCACCGGCAGUUGAUGUGUGAGUACAGUUUAUUCGAGAUCCAAAACUGUUCGAGAUCAAUUUAAAUAUUUAUCUGCUUCGCCAUUUUUUUCAACCGUCUGCUUGGUUGGAGAGAAAAAAAAAACAUUGAGAGUUAUCGUUCGUGCAGACAGCUGCUGGACUACUAAGACAAUUCCGGAAACUUGUAUCGUGUAGAAGAUGACAACAUCUCUGAACCCCCUACUCCCGGCCUUCCACAUCCUAUGGAACGCCGCCACCUCGGAGUUCCGGAAAACCGUUGGCCUUGGCAACCAGCCGGCCAACAACAACCCCAACCUCGACCUGAACAAGAACGACAACCACCCCAACUGUGUCCGCAACUACGAGGCCAAGAACAUGGAGUGGUGCCCCAACUCGGAGGAGACCGUGGUCGUCUGCACCAUCGAGUGCGACCAGGGUGACUCCUUCUCCCGCCAGAUCAUCCACGAGGGCUCUAAGCGGACCGAGUGGUCGCGCUCCGAGGAUCUGUUCGUGGACUGGCUCGGCAGUCAGCUCAACUGCCAGCACGCGCUCAAGGUCGAGGUCAAUAUUUACCUGUGCUGCGUGCCCAUGGAUACGACCUCGCACGGGAUUGGUUUGUGGCUGAACAACAUUCGCACGGAGGGCAAGGAAGUUAUUGUGAAGCUGAAGAUCGCCGCCCUAGGGGAUGUCGUGCAGAAGGCGCUGGCCGCAAAAGGUGAGCACCAGGGCAAGUUUCUGGCAGACGACAGGAUACGGGCGUUGAGGAAGUUGUGUCAAAACAACGUGCAGGUCGAGCCAAUCUUGUCAGCGGACUGGGUCCAUCUAAUGAAACUGCUCACUGACCGGUCAUCUAUUGAUGCCCUGGAUCGAUUCCAUCACAGAACAGUCGAGUCAAUCACUCAUCUUUUACACACUCCGUCCAACUCGCACACUUAGUCGUCGUGAUGCCAUUAUUGUAGCUCAGUCAUGAAUGCAAGUCACAGACAUCACUGCAAGUCACAGUCAUCAAGGCAAGUCACAGACAUCACUGCAAGUCACAGACAUCACUGCAAGUCACAGACAUCACUGUAAGUCACAGACAUCACUGCCACAGAUAUCACUGCAAGUCACAGACAUCACUGCAAGUCACAGACAUCACUGUCACAGACAUCACUGCAAGUCACAGACAUCACUGUCACAGACAUCACUGUCACAGACAUCACUGCAAGUCACAGACAUCACUGUCACAGACAUCACUGUCACAGACAUCACUGCAAGACAUCACUGCAAGUCACAGACAUCACUGCAAGUCACAGACAUCACUGCCACAGAUAUCACUGUCACAUACAUCACUGCAAGUCACAGACAUCACUGCAAGUCACAGACAUCACUGCAAGUCACAGACAUCACUGCAAGUCACAGACAUCACUGCAAGUCACAGACAUCACUGCAAGUCACAGACAUCACUGCAAGUCACAAACAUCACUGCAAGUCACAGACAUCACUGUCA